AUGGUGACGGAAGCCCAGUUCAAAGGCCUGAUGACCUUCUGGGAGGGCAAAAUCGCGGGAGUGGUGCAAAGAUGGCGGAGUACGGCACCGGCCGAAACAAAGGAAAUCAAGAAAUUAUGGAAGAAGCUUCACAAAUGGGUGGUCGGCCAGACCGAGGCGAGCUCUGCCGCGGUCAUCGCGGACGGUAACCAGUGGGAGGUGUACGUGCCGCCGUUGGUGAUAUCCGCCAUGGAGGAAAUGGCAGCUCCGGCGGAUAUUGACCUGUAUCGACGUGGAACCCAAGGGGAGCGACCGCGGGUAGUGCCGGCCUACAUCGGUGUACCUCCAAAUCGAUUUGGGUCCGGGAGUUCGUUGGAGCAACAUGAGGAAUUUGUGGUGCUGGAAUCGUCGAGUGCCAUCUCGCGGGAGCUCCACAACUUGCGACAGGAGAACGUUGAGCUCCGACACAAGUACGAUGAGCUCCGGCGUGACUUCGACGACUUGUGCGCACACCUCGGUGUCGGUGACUGGGUCCGAGGGGACCGUAUGUCGGAUGGUGUUGGGGGCCCAUCUAGCGCGUCCGGAUCUGGUAGCCAUCAGGAUCCCCAGCGGGUCGAGGCGAGGUUUGAUCCCGCGCCAUUGCCGGGCGUGCCGUCAAUCCGCACCACCAUCGACAAUGACGUCGACAUGGACGAGGAGCCGUUGGCUCCCGAGGCCAUCAGGCUCUCCAUGCAACCCGACGACGCCGUGGCCGAGGAGCUCGACAUAGGUGUGGAGGAGGAGCCGAAGAUGGCCGGUCCUUCUGGUAGCAGUCCGCCGGCGAUCAACAACGACGCCCAUAUGGAUGAGGUCCAGCCCGGUCCCGGCGCCAUCACCCUAUCCGGCCAGACGAACGAGGCCGAGGCGGACGGUGUCGACAUGCGGUCGGCGGAGGCAUCAAAGAUGGGAGAGGGUUCUCCGAACAGUCCCUCGCGGGGUUUGACCCCGUAUGUAGUGAUGGCCACUCCCCCGGGCACUGGCCCCGAGAGCCCCAAGGUCUCCGGCGCGACCACAAAGUCGCCGGGCCUGGCGGAGGCCAACGAGGAUCGGACGGAUGAGGUCCUCAAAGAAGAUCAAUCGUGCCCGGGAGCGGGAUCGGAGGUGGUUAAUCCGUCCAUGGCAAUAGACGGUGCCAAGCCUGCCGAGGCGUCGGAUGCGAAUCCAAACCCUCAGGUCAACGUCAACAGCGUCGCACAGCUGAACACACGGGAGGAAGGUAGCGGUGGGGAAAUACCAUCGCCGGUCGGCCCCGCGGAAGAAUCGGAUGCCAACGCGCCUCAGCGUCGUGCCAUGGAAGUCAAUGGUGUGCUUUAUAUUUAUGGCACCCAAAUCGAGAAGAGGGUAAGGGAAUCCAAAGAUCCCCGUUUUCAGGAUGGCAAUACAAUUCGGCAGCUUUGGAAGGCCGUGGAAUCUCUCACUUUCAACAUCGCGGAUAUCUUGCGAUCGGCGACCGAUAGGAAUUGGUUGGUGUAUGUGCCUCCCAUUGCCAUUUCCGCCAUGGAAGAACUUGCGAGCAAUGUGUCGGGCGAUUACAAGAGACGGAUGGACCGCAUUACAGUGGAUGACCCAAGGGUGUUCGGAAGCGGAUGGUAUUGUGCGACCCCGCCGCCGGGCAUGUCCCACAUGGCCCCGGUCACCGAUAUGGCUGCGCCCUCUGCGUCUUCAGAGCCGGGUGCGGCCCUCAAGGUGCCCCCGACCAUGGGUCAUGCUCUUAGCGGAGCACGGCAAUCCGCGACGGCCUCAGGGCCUGCCCAUGGAGUUUCCUUCGUGCUCCCUCACAUCGGCCUUGUUGCAAUGGACGAAAAUCAAUCUAAGGAACUUGAUGUUCCCCCGACACCUGGGUCAUUGGGGCGGAAUGGGCAGGGUGCGUCAAUGACACCACACUGGGAGUACCUGCAGGAAUCGGAGAAUGACGCGGACCAUGAUCAGGCGGACAGCAUCGAUACCAGCGAGGAAGUGGACGAAUUGGAGGAGCUCGUGAUUCCGAAGGCUGGGAAGGCAAAGGGUCGGCGUCGGGCGGAGGCCUGCAAUCCCAUUGAUGACGAUAAUGAGUUGCAUGGCCCUCGUGUUCCGAGCGAGCGUGUUGCGAAGGGUCAGCAGGCGAAAGGAAAGCAGCGGGUUCAGGCUUCGAUGGCGAGCUCCUCAGGCCCUAACAAUGCAAAGCGCAGAUGGGUGCCUGCCUACAUUGGAGCGCUCCGCCGAGGCAUGGUCUUCGGCCUGAGUAUGAAAGUGUACAGGGAGUCGAGCUGUUCGAACCGCGGCCGAUGUCUACCGAAGUGCAUGACCUUCGGCAGGAGAACACAAAGCUUCAUGCUAUGCACGACAAGCUUCGUCUCGAUUUGGGGGCACUGCGACAGCGUCUCAUGA